UUCAAAUAUUCGUCAAAAUUGUCUAAGUGUUUAUACAGAAUGGUAUGAUCCAGCAACCAAACUUCAUGAGAAAGCACCAGGGUUAAAUGAUAUUCGUCUAUUAGCUGGUCUUUGGUGUAAUAAGAGAUAAAUUUGUGUUUGUUGUGGGAGGUAUAAAUAUAUUAAGUUCAAAAUCUGUUAGUAUGCUUGAUGUAUCUUCACAUUCGCCCUCUUGGGUUCCAAUGGCCGACAUGAUAGUUAAAAGAAAACAUUUGGGAGUUGGUGUUUUGGAUGAUUGUAUAUAUGCAGUUGGCGGAGUAGAUGGAAAAUGUUCUUUAAGUAGUGUAGAGGUAUUUGAUGUCAGUACCCAAAAAUGGAGAAUGGUGUCUAGUAUGACAAUUGAGAGAAGUAGAGUGGGCGUUGGUGUACUCAACAAUCGUCUAUACGCGGUUGGAGGUUUUGGUAGUAGACAUUUAAGAUCUGUGGAAUAUUAUGAUCCCACACUUGACACAUGGACACCAGUUGCAAACAUGUUUGAAUGUCGUCAAGGUGCUGGUGUAGGUGUCUUGGACAAUCUUAUGUAUGCUAUUGGUGGCUUUAAUGAACAGUUUCAUAAAAGUGUUGAGGUUUAUAGACCAAGUGAUGGAGUUUGGUCUUCUAUAGCUGAUAUGAAUGUAUGCCGAUUUUUACCUGGAGUAGCUGUGUUAGAUGGUUUAUUGUAUGUUUUUGGCGGAGAACAAGAAUCAUCUAUUUUUAAUACUGUAGAAAUUUACAACCCCAGCACCAAUACUUGGUCCAUGGACAGAUUGUCCACAAAUGAAGGAGACAUUUAUGGUGGAGUAGUUGUUGAUAGACCACAUCAUUAUCAUUAAUAAGUUUACAGAAGAACUCAUUGUAUGUAGUAAUAUGAACAUAAUUUUGUAUAAAUUAUAUGACACAUGUACUGUUUCAUAUAUUUUUGUUCUUUUGAAUAUUUGACAAGAAUGUUUUUUGUAAUUUUUACUUAUUUAAAUAAAAUAAAUAAGCUAUAAAGUGAAUUAUGUUGCAGUA